CGUGAGACCUUGCCCUGUGGGAGCCUCCGCGCCUCCAAAGGGAGUUUGCUCCAGAGCGGGAGGCAGGUGCGUGGCUCUAGGGGCCAUAAACCCCACUUGGGUCUGGUAUCGGUGUGCGGCGGGGUGGGGCUGGGGAGCUUCCUGGAAGCAGAGGUGACCGACUGGAACAGAGCCUCGGGCUUCAGGACCUGCCCUUCUGUCCCUACGUGACCUCGGUGAGCACCUUCCCUCUCUGGGCCUCAGUUCCCUCUGCUCCGGUCCCAGGGCCCCAUGAGGAGCUGCCUGGAGGCUGGCGUGUGGUGCUCUGCGCAGGGGCGGCUCCGGGAAGGCCUCGAGGGGGCUCUGGGACUGUUGUUACCACUCACCUGUGAGGAGCCUCUGGGGGCCUCCCUGGGGCCCAUCCACCCAGGCCUCCUGCUCCUCUGGCCCCGUGUCGGUGCAGCGUCCUCCCCACGCACACACAGGGAGACUGAGGUGUUGUAGGAGGGGGAGCCUGCCUGAGCCCCUGGUGGGUUAGGGUUUGAAUAAUAAUGAUAUUAACAACCACCAUGAAAGCAUUUAGGCGGCACCUACUGUAUACUGGGUUCAGGGUACUGACCGUGCAUGGCAGGUCUCAGCACGGAGCCAAGUGCCGUGGGCUCUACCUACAGUCCAGGUGUGGACACUGAGGCCCACGGGGAGCAGAGGGCUUCCCAAGGACGCAAGCCCGUGGGGCCCUGGGGCCUUGAGCCCGAGCCCCCGCCCGAGCCCCACCCCAGUGGCCUCGGUGAAUCACCCGGCAGGAGCGGACCAGGAACAAGCGGCGUCCCCACCCGUGCUCCUCCCGACGCCACCAGGAGCCGGACGCCCUCCCGACAGGUGGUUCUUCCCGGAGCCGAUGUCCUGUGUGGCGUGUAGGUCCUGCCGGGUGAACGUCCACUUGCUAGCUCAGCAAACACUCCUGCGUCACCCCCUCCCACGCCUGCCCUCCCUGAGGAUAUCCGGGGCCUGGGCACACUCCUGCCCAGCCCUCAGGGUCAGCAUGGGGCUCGGGGCUGGAGGGGAGACCCUGGGGGGCAGCCAGGUCUGUGGCAGAAACGAGCCCGACUCCCACGUCCUGGGCACCCGGGAGGAGCUGUGUGUGCAGAGACCACGCCUUACGCAGCAGUCCGGAUGAAAUCCAUGCUGUGUGCCAGACUCUGGGCUGCAGGGGAAAGGCUCGUCUGGGCCGCUAGCGGGAGGGACCUGGGCUGAUGGCCCCCAGUGGGAGAAGACUUACCCCCUUUCAGAGAUGUCCCCACCCCUGUGAGUUUCAGGGAGAACACUCCAUGGGGGCUGUGUGCUUGUGGGGGCGGGGCUCCGUCCCUGGGCUGGGGUUUAUGACCCAGGCCUGCUUGUCUCUAACGACUGGUUUUCCAAGUAUAGUUUCAGUAUUUGAUACACACAAAAGCCGAUGUGAUGCGUGCCAGUUCCAAUAUCGUUCCCAGGAUGGAUUUCCGGGUGCUUUAAUGCCACUUCUCCAGCUCAGGGAGGGGCUCCCUUUUCCGUUUUAGAACCACAGCCUUUACAUGCAAGUUGGCCAAGAGACAGCCGAUGACAGUGCAGCUCUGACGGAACCGAGGGUGGACGCAAGGACCGGGCUGCUUGGAGAGCUGGGAACGGCCAGUCUUUUCUCCUCGGCUGUGGAAGGGGACGCCCAUCUUGCUGCUGAGCCGGGCUGCAGAUGCUGCUCAGACAACAGGCUGCAAGGGCACACGCUCUGCCUCUGCCCCUCUGCUGGGGCAAUUGGGGGGGGGUGCUCCCUGGAGGAGGUGUCCUGCAGGCUGCCGUGAGCCCGGAGCACCUCCGCCCCUGGGAGCCUCAGGGAGCUGAGACCUCCAGGACAUGGACCGAGUGACCAGAUACCCCAUCUUCAGCAUCGCUCGCUCACCUCGCCUGGCUGGCUUGGACCCCGGUGAGGACACCAGCUAUACGUCUGAGGUGGUGGAUGUGGGGCCAGAGGCCAGCGGCUGGAGCCAGGACAAGCCACAGGCGUGGCCCACAGAGGCUCGACUGAAUGCAGCCAGGACGGGGGCGUCCUCUAGCCCACGCGCCUUCGCUGGCCGGUCAUCCCCAUGGACGCUCUGGCGGGAGGGUCACAAGGAUGAGGAGGCGAAGGCCUGCCACCUGGACGCCAGGGACGCCCAGCCUCGGCGGCCAGGGGACCUGGAGCAGGAACGCUGGGCGGUCAUCCAGGGCCAGGCCCUCAGGAAGAGCAGCACGGUGGCCACGCUCCAUGGCACCCCUGGCCCCCCGGACCCCGGCAGCCCCCAGGCACAGCCUGGGCCCCUGGAGGAGAGCGCCGUGGACAGGGAGCAGAUUGACUUCCUGGCGGCGAGGCAGCAGUUUCUGAGCCUAGAGCAGGCCUGCGCCGGGGGCCCUCUGCACCCUGCGGCUCCCGUGGCCCCUGCUCGUGCUCCACCUGGCGGCGGUCAGGCCCCCAGGGCCUCAACUGGGCCGCUCCAGGGCAGCUUGUGUGCUGUCCCGCCGCACCCCCGGGAGAGGGAGGCGCUCCCUCCAGAGAAGAAGGUCGGGGGCCUUCCGGCUGCAUCUGGCGUCCAGCCUGCGCGUGACGCAGCCUCCCUGGCCCAGGCGGGGUCCCCGCAGCUCCCCAAGGAGACCCCCAUCGAGCGGGAGAUCCGGCUAGCCCAGGAGCGGGAAGCGGACCUGCGAGCGCAGAGGGGGCUGCGGCGGGCGAGCAGCCAGCAGGAGCUGGUGGAGAUCCCCACGCGGCCGCUGCUGCUGACCACGGUGAGCCUGACCGCGGCGCCACGGCGGGAGCGAGGGCGCCCGUCCCUCUACGUGCAGCGGGACUUGGCGCAGGGGACGCGGCGGGAGGAGGACCACCGGCGGCGGGAGGUGUCGGCGCCCACGCAGUCUGGGCUCCGGAGAGCCUUCAGCUCGGACUCCAUCCUGGACCUGGCCUCGGCCGGCGGCGCGGCUGACCCCGGCCCCCGGGUGAGGAAGGUGAACCGCAUCCCGGCGGACGCCUACGAGCCGUUCCUGCGCGCCGGCAGCCGGGGCGUCCCCGCCGUCCAGGCGCGCGCCCAGCCCGGCGGUCUCUCUGCGGACAAGGCGGGGGCUGCGGGCUCCGUCGGGGCCGCGGGGUCUCCGAGGCGGCCCUUGGAGGCCCCUGGAACCGCCCCCGACACGCAGCGCGAGUGCCCACGGGCCCCCCAGGGGCGCGGGCUAGCGCCCGGGGGUGUCGUCCGCUGGGAGUAUUUCCACCUGAGCCCGCUGCGGUUCCGGGUCCCUGAUGUGCCCCCGCGGGCCGAGGGCCCCGGUGGCCGAGGCUGGGAGGCGGGGGACACCCCAGCAACGGGGCGGCCAAGGCCCCCGUCGUCGGAGCUGCUGGAGCGGGAGGUAGAGAGCGUCCUGCGGCGCGAGCGGGAGGCGGCGGAGGAGCGGCGCACGGCCCUGUUCCCCGAGGUGUUCUCCCCGCCCCCGGUCCACGACGACGACCAGGACUCCGGGAGCUCCUCCGCGGCCUCGGGCAUCACGGGCAGCUACACAGUGUCGGAGACCCACUUCUUCAGCCCCGUCCACCUGCGCUCGGGCCUGGUGUGGACAGCGGAGGCCCCCAGCGACCCGGCUCCGGGGCAGAGAAGGAAGGAGCAGCGGUAUGCCGGCAUCAGCACCUCAGACCGCAUCGACUCGGAGGUCCUAGAAGCCACGCGGGUGACCCACCACAAGAGUACCAUGGCGAGGCGCUGGGAAGCGGGCAUCUAUGCCAGCGAGAGCCAGGACUGAGCAGGGGACAAGAUGCCCUUGCCCGCACCCUGCCCGUGGGCGCUGCUGGGACCAUCCCCGGAGCCCCUGCCCCUCAGGACAUAGGUCCCUGUGGGAACCCACCACUGGUCGACCACGGGUCCCGAGCUGCCAGUCCAAGGGGGGCUGUGUUUUCAGAUGGAGGGUUUUCCUUCCUGUUUUUAUCAUCCUGGAGCAGUUGCUCUGCUUUCUGUAUCUAAAGCUGGGGAUGAAGUGG